AUGCCCUUGUUAAAGCGCAACAACAACAAGCCACUCAUCCCACCUCUCGAAUCAGAGAACAAGUCAGGCAAAUCGUCUCCCUCUCCACGACCAAGCUAUCGGUCUAACGCUGCCACCUACGUCCCCAGCCGAGACGGUGAUUUGUACGAGAAAAGCACCCGCAGCAAUGGCGACUAUACCCCCCCAGAGGAUAACUAUCGAGACAAAUACAGUCGCGGCAACGGUGUUGGCGAUGUCUACUCUCGCGGCGACGCUCAACUAGACCAGGAUCGUAACGAGUUAUUCUCAGGCUAUAACCCAGCAAAGUCAGGAGGAUCUGGUCGUUUCUUCGACGGACCGGAGGGUAGGGACGUUCCUCCAGGGGAAGAGAACGAUGAAGAUAUUGAAGGCAUCAAACAGCAGACGAAGUUUGUGAAACAGGAGAGUGUAAACUCUACCAGGAAUGCCCUCCGCUUGGCGCGGGAGGCAGAGGACGUCGCGAGGGGCACUUUGGGAAGACUUGGUGAUCAAUCAGAGAAACUCGCAAACACCGAGAUGCACCUUGACGUUGCCAAGGGACACUCUGCCCGAGCCAGCGACAAAACGGAUGAACUCAAAAAGCUCAACCGUUCCAUCUUCCGUCCAGCCAUUACCUUCAACAAAGACGCCAAACGCCGCGCCGAGGAAGCCAAAGUGCAAGCUCGGUACGACGACGAGCGCCUGGAACGCGAGAAGGCGAUGAGGGACAUCCGGGAUACCCAGAAUCGCCUCGGUCGAGCGCAGACGUACGGCCGGUCCGAUGGUGAUGAAGAGCUUAUCGGACGCGGGAGCGGGAGUGGUCGAUUCAAGACGGCGGAACAGCUCAGCGAGCGUAAAGCUCAGCGCUCGCGGUACCAGUUCGAGGCCGCUGCGUCUGAUGACGAGCUGGAGGAUGAGCUGGAUGAUAACCUCGAUGAGAUUGGAGAAACCACGAAGAGGCUGAAGGCCCUGGGUCUGGCUAUGGGCCAGGAGUUGGAGUCUCAGAAUACCAGGAUUGACAAUAUUAGUGGAAAGACGGAAGGGCUCGACGAGAAGCUGUACAAUGUUACCCAUCGACAAAAGAAAUUUUGA